AUGUCCGUCGACCAGAAAAAACUUGGGCGCAAACGGCCGGCGGCGGCUCGCGUCUCGCGCAGCAAGAAGCAAUACUGGCGAAAAGGGGCUGAUGUGACAGAUGUCGAAGAGGCCAUCGCUCAAUUGCAGCAUCAAAAAGAAAUGGGCGGCAUCGUAGCCGACAAGGCUGACGACGAGCUCUUCCAGAUCGACAGGGCCCCAGGCGAAAAGGAAAAGCCGAAGAAAUUCACUCACCGCCAGCAGGCCGCUUUAAGCAAAAUCUCCGCGCUCGCCGACGGAGCUGAAGAGCCAAAGCUACCCACAUUUCCGAAGAAAUACAAGCUGAAGGUCGACAAGUUGCCCCGGCCCCAAGUGAAGGUGAACAAAGCGGCGAAAAAGGAGAAGCAGCCGAGCAAAUUUGAUCUCUGGGAAACAAACCUGAACUCGACGCUGGUCGAGACGGUGCACGAGGCGGCCAAAGAUGGAGCCCAUUUCUACCUUAAGCAGACGAAGAAAGUGCAAUCCAAAGUGCCUGACACGCUGCGGCUGAAGCCCUCAUUGUUGAAGGCCGUCGAGAUUCCGGAUGCCGGCGCCUCGUAUAAUCCCGAGCUGGGCGAGUAUAUUGAAUACGUCUCAGCGAUUGCCGAAGACGAGAAGAAAAUUAUGAAGAAAGAAGCGCGAUCGGAGCGCAGCCGGCAAUUGGCGCCCGGAGAGUCGAAGGUUACCCAUGCGGACUUGCUGAAAGAGGCGCUGUCUGGGUUGAUCGAUGACGACGUCGACGACAAGGAGAUUAAGACGGAAGACGAGGCGGAAAUUGAAUCUUUCCUGACGGGCCCUGUUGAGGUCAACCCGAAGACGUCGAAACAACGCAAGACUGAGCAGCGCGUGAAGGCGCUCGAGCGCAAGCGCCAGCAACUGAAGCUCAAAAAGAACAAGGAGGAGGAGAGCAAGAUUUUCAGGUCGAAAAAGAUGCUCAAGCAGCUGCAGCUCGAAAAGGACGCACACGAGAAGGAGCUCCAGCAACGCAACGAGAAGAAGAAAUUCGACGAUAUGACGAAGCGGAAAAAGCUGGGCGCCGGCAAGUUCGAGGAGGAGGACGCACCAUUCUUGUUGACGGAAGAGAUGUCGGGCUCGCUGCGCAAGCUGAAGCCGCAGGGCAAUUUGCUGCUCGACCGGAUGAAGAGUUUGCAGAAGCGCAACAUUGUGCCGAUCGCCGGCGAGAAGAACAGCCGCCGUCUGAAGCAGCGACUGCGUUUCAAGGCCAAGGAGUCGCGCUCGCAUCAAGAGGUGAAGAUCGGCACGAAGAUGCGC